AUGCAAGCUUCUUAAGAUAAACUACCUAGAUUAGAUCUUACUAAUAGAAGAUCAUAAUCGAUGGCCAAUUCUAAUCCUGCUUUUAAAAAACUUAAAGAAACUUUGCUAAUUGAGAAUUAAACUAGCACUCGUCACUUCAAAAGAAAGGAAGGUGAUAUUUUAGACUCAAUACUUGAAGAUGCAAGUUUAAUCUUAGGAAAUAAAUAAUUAGAAAAAAAUAUUUAUUAACUUAAGGAAUUAGGAUUAUUGAAAUAAUAUGAUCCAACAAUAGCAGUUUAAUAAGGAUAUAAGAAAAGUAAUUAUGUGAUGAAUGAUUAUCAUAAUAAAAGCACAACAAAUGGUUAUUCAAGAAAUUAUGGAGGAUUAUUUUACAAUAGAUGA